AUGCAAUUCCCAAUCCUCACCCUCCUCACCCUCGCCAUCGCCGGCACCUCCCUCGCCGCCCCCAUCCCCCGUGCAUCCCAAGGCGCCACGCCCUCUCCCCGCGCAAACACCCGCUCUCCAAUGCAAGAAGCACCCUACGUCCCCGUCGUCAAGCGCGACGAGAGCGUGAACAUGUUUGGGAAUGUUGCUAAGCGCGCGGUGUUGGGGCAUGCUGCGGCUGCUAGAGGGAAGGUUGCGAAUUAUCUUUGA